AUGGCUAAGUUUGAGUCAGUUCCAUUUGCUGUUGCUUCAAACCUCAUUCACAGGUUAGCUUCGCCCGAUUUUCUUGAAUUUGGACAAGAGUUUGGUGUGAUGGAAGAGUUAGAAGAGCUUAAGAACACUAUUGAAUCCAUCAACGAUAAGCUCCUUGAUGCCGACAAUAAACAAGAUCGAGACGAUGGUGUGCGAGUUUGGAUCAGAAGGUUCAAAAAAGUAAUUCAUCAGGCAGACGACUUCUUAGAUGACCUUGCUAUCGAGUUUAGGAGAGACAAAUUGAGUGCAGCAGAAGGAAAAGAAGUAAACAAGGUAAUUAAAAACGUACGAGAAAGUUUUAAUGGUCUAGUAAAAGAAAUGAAGGAUUUGAAUUUAAGCUCACUAUCUGUGAUGGUUAAGCAAACUAACAGUGAAUGGAGGGAAACAUGGUCUUUUGCGUUAGAAUCAGAUAUCAUUGGAAGAGAUGACAGUAAAAAGGAGAUUAUUAGUCUGUUGAGACCACAUCACGAUAACCAAAAAGUUUAUGUGAUUGCCAUUUCUGGCCUUGGUGGUUUAGGAAAGACAGCUCUUGCUCAGCUGGUGUACAAUGACUUGGCAGUGCAGAAAUCUUUUGACAAGCGAAUGUGGGUGUGUGUAUCUGAUAACUUUGAUGUGAAAACUAUUGUGAAGAAAAUAUUGCAAUCAGUUACUGGUCGCCACAUAGCAGAAGGAUCAUCAUUAGACAACUUGCAAGAAGAGCUUCGCAAAAAUUUAAGUGGCAAAAAAUAUUUGUUGGUCCUGGAUGACAUUUGGAAUGAGAAUCCUAUAAAAUGGGCUGAAUUGAGAACUUACUUGAUGUGUGGCCGUCAAGAUAGCAAGAUUUUAGUGACAACUCGAAGUGAAAAUGUAGCAAAGGCAAUGACCGUUGACACUUUCUAUCCUUUGAAAGCUUUGACUGAUGAAGAAUCUUGGAGGUUGUUGAAGAACAUUGCAUUUGGGGAUGAUUCCAAAGGAGUGAAUCAAAAUUUAGAAUCAAUGGGGAAAGAAAUAGCAAAAAGAUGUAAAGGGGUUCCACUGGCAGUUAAAAUGCUGGGAGACCUGUUACGAGAACAAACUGCGGAAAGUAAAUGGGAAGAUGUUUUAUGUGGUGACUUAUGGGAAUUAUGUAUAGAGCAAGAUAGUAUUAUGCCAAUUCUAAAACUCAGUUACUACAACUUGUCGCCAGAAAUGAGACAAUGUUUUGCUUAUUGCUCUUUAUAUCCCAAGGAUUCAGAAAUUCCAAAGAAUGAGUUGAUCCAGUUAUGGAUGGCACAGGGUUACCUUAAAUAUUGUUCAACUGAAAAACAGCACGGGAACCAAUUUGUAAAUAUUUUCUUGAUGAAGUCAUUUUUUCAAGAUGCAAAGAGUGAUGAACAUGGUGAGAUCAUUAGUUUCAAAAUGCAUGAUUUAAUGCAUGAUCUUGCAAUGCUUGUUGCUGGCAAUGAUUGCUGUUACUUGGAUAGUAAGGCGGAAAAAGUUGAAGGCAGUCCCAUGCACGUGUCUUUGGAAUCUGAUGGGGCCAUUCAUUUAUUGAAUUCAUUGUAUAAGAGCAGGCUGCGAACGUUGAUUUUGUGGUCUUACAACAAUAAGGAGGAAUUGCCAGUUGCAAACUUCAAAUACUUGCGCGUCUUGAAGAUGUCGUCUUCUUCUUUUUGCAGAUUGUUUGAUUCAAUUGAAAACUUGAAGCAUUUAAGAUGUCUUCACAUUGCUGAUGAUGAUGACUCCUUGAGUGGGAUGGCAGUUGGGUUGGGAAAAUUGUGCUCGCUGCAGAUCUUACCAAACUUUGUUGUGGGAGAUAGCCAAGAAACAAAGUGUGGGACACUAAAUGAAUUGAAAGACGUAAACCUAAGAGGAGAAUUAAGAAUUAAUCAUCUCAAUCGUGUGAGAGACGUGGUUCUGGAAUCACAGCAUGUAAAUUUACAAGAGAAAAAAUUCCUUCAAUCCUUGACUCUAAAUUGGUCUGAUAUCGAUUGUUCUAUGCCUCGUUUCAUUUGGAACAGUGACAGCUUACAAUUACUAGAAAACCUUCGGCCCCACCAUAAUCUUAAGCAAUUGAAUGUGAACAGGUAUCCGGGCGUGCUCUUCCCAAAUUGGCUUUCUCUCCUCACAAAUGUUGUUGACAUCUCUCUCGUUGGGCUUACGAACUGCCGCUGUCUCCCACCGUUGGAACGUCUCCCGUCUCUGAAGUCACUUGUGAUAGAGUGUCUUUAUGAAUUGGAAUACAUAUAUUUUUAUGAAGAUGAUUUUGCAGUAACCUUCCCCUCUUUGGAGAUCCUCAUGGUGUUUUGUUGUUUUAAGCUUAGGGGAUGGCGGAGGAGGGGUGAUGAUAUGAAUGAUUCACAUAAUCUGUCCUUACCUCUUUCAUUUCCUCAUCUUUAUCAACUAACUGUCUCUUUCUGUCCAGAGUUGACUUGCGUGCCUACUUUUCCGAACGUUAAGGUUUUACAUUGGCCUGAAUGCAGUGUGGAGCCAUUAAUAGCAACACUAAACACAACAGCAUCAACUUGUUCAGCUGACUCAUCUUCCUCCGCUGCUCCUCUUUCCAUGCUCAAACAUUUGACAAUUUCUGAUCCUACGAAUUUACCAAAGGGUUGGAUGCAAAAUCUGACUUCUCUCGAGACUCUUCAGAUUGGAUGGUAUAAAUCUGAAACACUGGAGGAAUUUGAAACUGAGUUUAAGGACGACAACAACUGCCUUCCUUCUCUGCUAAAAAUCAGCAUAUUUAAGUGUGAAAAUUUAAAGGCUUUGCCAGAUUGGAUUUGCAACCUCUCAUCGCUUGUGCAGAUCUUGAUCUCAGGCUGCCCAAGAUUGGCAUCGCUGCCCGAAGGAAUGAGUCGUCUUACCAACUUAGUGAUCUUUAAGGUUGUGAAUUGUUCCCUCUUAAUUAAAGAAUGCCGAACAGAGACAAGUGCUGUUCGUCGCCGAUUAUCCUUCAUGAAUAGUGAUCCUAGAGGUACUGAUGCACUCUUUUCUCAACUGGUUUCUAUCGUUUAA